AUAGGAGAACUUCCAGAUGUUUCUUACAAGUCGAUGGUCCUGGAAGGUGUUCUGAACCAACUGCAGACUAUGUUACUAAAGCUUCAUGCUGCUGCUCUGUGGGCCAGGGCUGGGGGCCUCGCUGUGAACUUUGUCCAACACCAGACAGCUUGGAAUAUCAGCAGCUGUGUCCAGGAGGAAUGGGUUACAAACCUAAUGAUAUAACAGUUGUUCUGGAAGACAUCAAUGAAUGCGAAGAACAUAAGAAUAUAUGUCAGAAUGGUCAUUGCACAAACACUUUUGGAAGCUUCAUGUGCUCUUGUAAUGAAGGUUAUCGAUUAGAUCCUUCAGGAUUCAUGUGUAUAGAUAUCAACGAGUGUUUAGAAAAUCCGAAUAUUUGCAAUGUGGGUCAGUGUAUCAAUGAACCUGGAAAAUACUAUUGUCAGUGUCCAGAGGGUUACAUGCCUCUCCCAGGAAGACGUGAAUGUGUUGACAUGAGAAAAGAUAUAUGCUUUCUCAACUACAGCAGAUGGAGAUGUUCAACUCCGAUGACACAAAAUCAAACAAAGAAACUAUGCUGUUGUUCUAUGGGGCAGGCAUGGGGUCAGCCAUGUGAACCUUGUCCUAUUGCAGGCACCAGUGAUUACAUAGCUCUCUGUGGUGCAAGACCUGGUCAGAUAGUCAACCCGAUAACUAAUGAAACUGUGGAAAUAGAUGAAUGUGACUUGAUGCCAUCUAUGUGCAAGCAUGGGCAGUGUAUGAAUACUCCUGGAAGUUUUGAAUGUAUGUGCAACAGGGGCUAUGUAUAUGAUGAAAAUUCUCAUCAAUGUAUUGAUGACAAUGAAUGCCUGAGAAAUCCUUGUGAAGGCAAUGCGCAGUGCAUCAACCUUCCGGGCAGCUUUGAAUGUAAAUGUCCAGAGGGAUAUAAACAUGGAAGCACUUUCGUGGAUUGUGUUGACAUCAAUGAAUGUCUAGAAAAACCUAAUGUAUGCCAAAAUGGUCAAUGCAAGAAUCUUGAAGGUAGUUUCCAGUGUAUAUGCCCAACUGGUUAUUUGCUUACAUCCACACGUGAUACUUGUCUAGAUAUUGAUGAAUGUCAAAGGCAUCCAAAUAUUUGUAAUAAUGGCAGCUGCAUUAAUAUGGUCGGCACUUACAGAUGUCACUGUAAUGCUGGAUUCAAAUUGAGUAAUAACAAUGAUUGUGUUGAUAUAGAUGAGUGUCACAUGAUGCCAUUUUUGUGUCGAAAUGGACGGUGUCGAAACAAUUUGGGAUCAUUUUACUGUGAAUGUGCCUCAGGAUAUAUUUUAACUCAUGAUAAACACAACUGCAGAGAUAUUGAUGAAUGUCAGGAAACCCCUGGAGCAUGCCCUCCGCCAGGAAAAUGUACUAACGUAAUGGGAUCAUUCAUGUGCAGUUGCCCAGAAGGUUACGAACUGAGUUCCAUCACGGGAGUGUGUGAAGAUAUAGACGAGUGUGUGGAGAACGUUGAUAUUUGUGAAAAUGGUAUUUGUACAAAUACUGAUGGAGGUGCUUUUUGUACUUGUCAAGAAGGGUUCAUUUUGGAACAAGCAACCAUGAAAUGUAUCGAUGUAAGACAAGAACAUUGCUAUGACUCAUUCAUUGGUGGAAGGUGUUCUGAACCUAGAGGAAUGAGUAUUACUGCCAAGGAAUGUUGUUGCUCGAAAGGGGCUGCUUGGGGAAAAUUCUGUGAAAGAUGUCCAGUGGAAGGUUCACCUGACUUUUUGAGGAUGUGUCCUGAAGGACCAGGCAGAAUGGAUACAGGAAGCGACUUAAACGAGUGUGAACUGAUGCCUAAUGUAUGUGAAGGAGGUGAAUGUGUUAACACAGAUGGCUCUUUCCGAUGUGAUUGCCCUAUGGGAUAUGUUCUCGAUUCUUCUGGUAAGAAAUGUGUAGAUGACAAUGAAUGUGUCAGUUCACCCACUGUAUGUGGAAAUGGAACAUGUACUAAUGUUAUUGGUGGAUUUGAGUGUAGCUGUAGAGAUGGUUUUGCUCCUGGACCAUUACAAGUUUGUGAAGAUGUCAAUGAGUGCCACGAAAUUGGAAACCAAUGUGCAUUCAGAUGCCAUAAUGUACCUGGGUCCUUCAGAUGUAUUUGCCCAUAUGGUUAUGCUUUAGCUCCCGAUGGUAGACACUGUACAGAUGUUGUAUAUACUUUUUGCAAAUUGAAAUUUGUGUACACAAUUGACUGUUUCGAUGGAUUUGAACUAAGUACAGAUGGAAGAAGAUGCUUAGAUAGAAGACAAGGAAUGUGCUAUAGACAACUAUUCAAUGGAAGAUGCAGGACUCCUAAUAAUGAACUACGAUUAUCAACAAUGGCUGACUGUUGCUGUUCAAUGGGUGAAGCUUGGGGACCUCAAUGUGAAUUAUGUCCAUCUAGGUAUACACCUCAAUAUCAAGAUUUGUGUUUGGAUAGUGGAUUUUUGAUCGAUGGAAAAGAUAUCAAUGAGUGUGAAACUAUACCAGAUUUAUGUCGCAAUGGACAAUGUAUCAAUACUAUGGGAUCUUAUAGAUGCAUUUGCAAUAAGGGAUUUAAACCAGAUGCAUCUGGGUUAUACUGUCUGGAUAUCAACGAAUGUGCUACUAAUACAUCACAUUGUCAGUACAACUGUCAAAAUACUGAAGGCGGUUUCAUAUGCUCUUGCCCAUCUGGAUUCUUGUUAAACCCAGACGAGUUAACCUGUAGAGACCUGGACGAAUGUAAAACUGGCCAACACAUUUGUCAACAAAACUGUAUCAACACGGAAGGAAGCUACAAGUGUUCUUGUGAUGAGGGAUAUACUCAAGUUGGUGAUAGCUGCCACGAUAUUAACGAGUGUGAAGAAGCUGGCUUCUGCCCUAAACCAGGAAGAUGUGUAAAUACUUUGGGCAGUUUUAAAUGCAUAUGUCCAAGACGUUUCAAACUAGAUUCCACUGGAACUUAUUGUUUAGAUAUUGACGAGUGUGCAGAUGAUUUAAAAUGCCAAGAAGGGUGUCAAAAUUUGGUUGGAGGUUACAGAUGCGGUUGCCCUGAAGGAUAUACUCUCCAUUAUUACUACAACCAGUGCGUUGAUGAAAAUGAGUGUAACAAAAACCCCUGUGGUAACACUGGUAACUGUUUCAAUACCCUAGGAAGUUACAGAUGUGGCUGCCCUGAUGGAUAUCAGUUUGAUAACGGUCUGAACAUUUGUAUUCAGGUUAGUUCUGCCUGUACUGGAGCUCCAUGUGCAUUUGGAUGUACUGCGGCUAGUUCUGGUUAUUCUUGUGGCUGUCCUCAUGGAUAUCAGCGGAUUGGCCAAGGACAUUGUUUAUCAACUAUUACUUCUGCAUACACAGGUUAUGGUCAAGAAAUCGGAGAUGUUCCUGUUUAUCCUAUUGAUGAUAGGUAUUCUACUAGUUCGAAAGAUAAGCUCAUUACCAGCGAAGGAUGUUUUUCAUGUAAGGUAAAUGGAAGACACAGGAGGGCCUCUAUGCAAUUGAAUUCCACAAAAUUGGGUAUUAAUGAUACUUUGAAUAAUAUUGUUCAUCAAAACAGAGCUGGAAGAAGACUCAGGAGGCACCAUCAUGGCGAAGAUAUUGAACUGACAAUUAGUUUAUCUCAAACAAGGCAUAAAAUGAGGAUUAUAAAAAUGCAGCCAUCAGUAAAGACUGAAAUGUCCUAUAAAAUCGUCAGAGGAAAUGAAAAUAACAUUUUUGAAUUAGUUAAGAAACAUGGAGUUUGGGCACUUCAUUUUAAACGGAGACUGAAACAAACAGGUGCUUUCGAUUUAGUUAUCCAUGGAAGACCAGAAACAGAUUCAAGUAGUGAAUAUGAACCCUAUGAAAAACCAUUAACAUUGCGGGUUCGAAUAGUAGUUAUCGAAUAAGAUGGUUAAUGUCUGCAAAACAUGAAACUAGUUGAAUUAUUUAUUUUUUCCAUGAAUGAGAUGUAUUAAAUUUCGCUCAUGGAGAAAUUUUCUUUCCACCAAUCGACAAUAUAGUAGAUGGAUCUGAUCCAUCAUGUAUCUUUAAGUAUAAAAUAUUGAUUUCCUAACACGUCUAUAACUUGGAGGUCGUCAAGGCAUUUGUUUCAUUUUUUGUUGAAAUAAUAAAGUUAUUUGUGAUACUUGAACAUUGCCAUAUUAUCAAAAAUGCCACUGCCAAAUUAUAUGUGUUCUUGAAUUAUCUAUUUUGACAUUGACAAAAGAUACUGCCAAUUGCUAGUAGUUUUUGCGAUUGAUACUAGAUUGUCUUUCAAUUUGAAACUUCAACUUCUGAAUUUUGAACUAGAGAUAAAGUAUUAAAAAAAUUAUCACAGUGUGAAAUUAGUAAAUGAACGAUGAUU